UCCUUGCCAGAAAGUUUCGAUUCUAGAGAAAAGUGGCCAACUUGUAUUCAUCCAAUUAGAAAUCAAGAACAAUGUGGUUCUUGUUGGGCUUGUAAAAACUUAUUUAUUCAGUCAUCUGAAGUCUUGUCUGAUAGAUUCUGUAUUGCUUCUGGUGGUAAGGUUAAUGUUGUCUUGUCUCCUCAAGAUUUGGUCAGUUGCAACUGGUAUAACGCUGGUUGUGAUGGUGGUAUUUUGUGGGCUGCUUGGAUUUACUUGAAACAUACUGGUAUUGUUACUGAUCAAUGCCUUCCAUAUUCAUCUGGAAAUGGUGUCGCACCAUCCUGUCCAAAGUAUUGCAAUGGUACUAGUACUCCAAUUGACUCUGUCAAGUACAAGGCAAAGGACUGGUAUGAAGUUGGUAGUAUUGCUGAAAAGAUCAUGAAUGAAAUUGCCACUAAUGGUCCUGUUCAAUCUGGAUUCAGUGUUUAUCAAGAUUUCAUGAGUUACAAGUCAGGUGUUUACACUCAUCAAACUGGUUCUUUCCUUGGUGGUCACGCAAUCAAGAUUGUUGGUUGGGGUGUUGAAAAUAAUGUCAAGUAUUGGUUGGUUGCCAACUCUUGGGGUCCUGAUUGGGGUUUGAACGGUUUAUUCAAAAUCAAGAGAGGUGAUAAUGAGUGCGGAAUUGAGGCUGAUGUGUAA